AUGGCGAGGGCAGAUCUUAUAGAAGACAGUUGUAAGAAUACUUACAAUUAUACACUCUGCGUAUCAACACUGAGGUCAGAUCCGAGCACUUCCAAUAGUACUAUUAAUGUCAAAGGGCUUGCAUAUGUGAUGCUUAAGGUGCUUAAUGCAAAUAAUACAAAGAUUCUUGCUGAAGUAAGUCAUCUACUUAAUACAACGAAGGAUCCAUUAGCUAUACAAUGUCUUCAUAUAUGCUUCACAGACUAUAUGGUGAAUAAAGAUUUCAUUCAACAUGCUUAUGACUUUCUGAAUUCAAGUGAAUAUGCCCUAACUCGUUCUGAAACGGCAUUUUUGGCUGAUGGGGCAAUCGAUUGCGAGUCUGCCUUCACUGAACCCCCAAUUGCAAUCAAGUCACCAUUGACGACCGCAAACGAUGUUUUUAAGCAAUUAGCUUAUAUUGCUAGUGGUAUUAUAAAUAUUCUAGGUUGA